AUGAAAAAGUUAACUACACCUGCUAUAAAAUUAGAGCAACAGGUGCCUAUUCCUUCCCUUAAUCAAAAUAUGACAAAUCCUCGUCAAUCAAUGGGCCCAACUCUACAACAUCCUACUGGUUAUAGACCUGUUGCUAUUUACACAAAUAAUAAUCUUCAUAACCAAGUAAUGGUUCUACCGCGUUUAAAUACACAUUUAGACAAUUCUAUAUUAAGUAGAAGAGCGACUGCAACGACAGUGCCUGGUAUUUCAAGAGCGACCGACGAAAACGCUAACUAUGACGAUGUUUUAUCAUUUACUGGGAUUGACCUAAAAGAAGAAACGGAUAAUAUUCUAAGAGAGAAUGAGUUAUUGGGAAUUCGACAAUCCGCUUCUGCAAUACAAUUUCCAGUUCGCUCACGACCGCAGAGUUUCUUGGAUCCAAAUAAACUUGCAAGUGUAGUUACGUCUAUAGCUAUGCAACAAGAAUUAGGAGUAAAUCCUAACGUUAUGACUUAUUUAGCGCUUGCUACACAAGAAAGAAUUAGAUCUUUAGUGGAAGCAAUGAUUGCUGCUAAAAAUCAUCGGAUACAUUCGGAGCAUGUACAUUAUCCAGGUGUAACUGGUGUUGAGAAUCAAACAAAGUAUAAAGAAAUUGUUAGUUUAGAUGUCAAAUCACAAUUACUGGCAAUAGAAAAGGUAGAAUUUGAGCAAGAACGUAAAAGAAGGGAAAGUCGGCCAGGAUCAAAACAUAAUAGUAAAACGGAAUAUGAAGACGCAAAAGGCCUAACACCUAUCGUUGCACCUAAACGUCAUAAACGUCAGAAGAAAGAAAGAGAGGGUACUUUACCUAAACCACAUAAACUAUCGGUUAACACGAAGAGUACCAAUAUGACAGCUUUAUCAGCGGCUGGUGGUAAAACUAAAAGUUGGAUGAUUGAUAUGCAACCUGAAAUUUCAACCGUUAUUGGAAGUGAUACAACGUCUGCUACUGGUUCAAAACCAUCUCGUGGACGUUCUAGGUCAAUCUCAAAAGCUAAAAAUCUUGCUGGUGCCAGAAAAGGAGAAUCCCAACGAAGUUCAUUCACCCGUUUCGUCACCAAUCCAUAUAUUACCGGUCAGCAGCAACCAAUUAAUGUUCAUGUUACAACAAUAACGGUGAAAGACGCUCUCUUUGUAUUAGAAAAAUAUCAUGGUGAUGGUAGCAGUGUCAAAAGUAGUCGUGAAGUUCAAAUGAAGUUACUGAAUAGUAUUCAAUGA